AUGGCAGCGCGCGGGACGGCACUGCCAGGCUUUCUGGAAGUGCCUUGCACAGCUUUUUAUAAAGCAAAGCCCCAUGCCGCGACAAAAGAGUCGGCCGACCGAUUACUAGAAAAGAUUGCUUCCAGGAACACAUCCGACGUCGGAGAAAGCGAUGACGAAGAUGACGUUGCUCAAGAAAUAAUCGAUGAGAACAUAACCUCUGGACGCGAAAACGAAGAAAAUGUGCACCAGACUCCACUAUUGCAAGACAGAGGUCCGGAGGAAAAUGUUGUGAAGAACUUUCAGUGGAAAAAGAGAAGAUUCGACCCCCCACCAAAUAUCGACUUCAGCGGCCACGGCGACUGCCUACCUGAGCCGGACGAAACGUGUACACCGCACACGUAUUUUUCAAGGUACGUGCCAGAAUCCAUUUUCAAGUGCAUGGCGGAACAGACGAAUCUUUACAGCGUCCAAGAAACCCACAAUAAUGUGAACACGACAGCUGACAAAAUAAGGAAGCUUUUUGGUAUCCAUAUUCUGAUGGGUGUCAUUGCUCUGCCUCGCGUCAGGCUCUACUGGGACCCCAUCAUGAAAGUUCGCUGGAAGCGAGACCAUGUCUGA